AUGCGGAAACACAGGCUCCGAAGACGCAUUCCCCGCAAUGUGCCACAAGAAGCAAUCCUUGAGGUACAAAGCCGUACCAGCCUAAGUCCAAGGGAAAUUGAGCUCCUUUACUCCAGCAGGUUUCGCCGCGUUGCUCCCAAUGGAAAAAUGGGCUUUUCACAGUUUUGUUCGAUGCUAGGCGUCUUAGCAAUGUUACAAGAAACACAAAUUGCCGGCCGCCUCUUUCAAGCCUUUGACAGGGACCAUAACACCGAGCUAAAUUUCACCGAGUUUGCUGUGGCAUUGGGCACGAUGAUGUGUGGCUCGGAAGACGACAAGCUCGAACUAGCCUUCCGCAUUCUUAACCCCAGCUUCACUGGGACGGGCGCUAGUCUCUCCGACUACGAAUUUGAAUCCAGCGAAGGAGAAGCAGAGAGCAAGACGCUUGAGGAACUACCGGUUUCUCCCAUUGAAUCUGCGAAUGGGGCCCCUUUGACGCCAUGUGACAGUUCCCCCGAUGGAAUGCCCCCAGAUGCAACAGUCGCAGGCAUGGAGUGGAAGACUCAGGCCGUGCAGAUGCAGCAACCGCGUCAGCGUCAUCUUUGUGUACAUGAUGACCACUCCCAGGGGCACUCGCCUCCGUUGCAGCAGAAACGGAAACCUCGCGUGUCGGCGGAAGCUUUUGCGCGUAUUCAGCAUGUGGUGUAUGCCGACAGUGUAUCUACUUCUGACUUUGUGCAGCUAAUAAGAGCAGUGGAGGCGAGCAGGAAAAUUUUAGUAGGGGACGAGGGUCCCCCUAUCCCGCAAUCAGAAAUUGAAGCAGUCUUCCUUCCCCUUACAACCACCCUGCCAGAUGGAAGCAAACGAAUGAUGCAGGCAGACUUUAGAAGAGCUGUUCGAAACAGUCCGUCGUUCCUCGCUCUCCUGGGGGUCGAUAUUGGAGGCGCUGCAGCCGACACUUCAGCUGGUGGACAAGCGGCUAAAGCGUGGGACGAGACCACCGACAUGGAGCGAGUGAAAACAGAGGGCAUCGUACGGAGUCUCAGGGGCAUUCCGAGCCGGCUGUAUAGGAGCACUUCAGAUUCAACAAACACCAUGGAAAAAGUGCUGCAGCAGCCGCAGCAGCUGCAGCAGCACGUCUUUCAGCAGCAACAGCUAAAGCAGCAAUUGCAGCAGCUCGAGUUCUGCAUUGACAACCUCAGAGAAAUAGAAAGGCAGAUUCAGACCCUCAAACAGGCCACUUUUGUAUCAUUUGAGCGACAGCCCGAAGAUAGUAGCCUCCCAGGGAAGAACCUCACAGCAGCAGCCGUAUCGUCACCGCUCAUAGAAAUAACGGAGGCACAAGAGGCAUUGCUCACGCCAAGAGGGACAUCAGCGACACGCACUCACAUGGCAGAUAGGGCAUGCCCUAAGCGUUCAGUUCCGCAUGCGGUUGGAGCUGUCAUGGUUCAGAGUGGUCACGGUUCAGGGUUAAAGGGGUCCACAGUAAGAAUGUAUUCUGAAUGGGCGCGCAGGGGAGGAAGCGACGAAUCACCACGUGGUGCUGCCUUACGCUGGUGCUGCGAGGCUCGUGUUACGGAUCCCAUGUAUGAUAGGCACGACGAGAAUGCACUACGACUCAAGAUGUAUAUCAAUAAGCCCAAAAUUGGUCGACGCAGAGGUAGGCCCUAUACCACAUCUGAUAGUGGUUCUGCUGCAUUUUGCCCUGCUUAUCAAAAGAAGUCCGUUGAAUAUGGAUGCCACGAGGCCGAAGACGACAAAGGGUGCUUUACGCCUCUAAGGGGGAGCCUUACAACUCAACAUCGGAUUGCAGCUAAGGGCGUAGCAAUUUACUUCGGCCAUCAUAGCUGGAACACUGUAAUAAAUGUAAUGCUAGGAAUGAGAUUGGCAGGGGGUCGCGUCGCGAUAGCUCCAGAGCGGUCUCUUAAACCGUAUGACUUCAACUACAAGGAGAAGUUCCGACUUCUCUCUCAAACCCCACACGAAGAUGCAAGCCCCCUUCAUCCUACUACCGUAAGAUUUACAGACUAUGCACCCAUGGUUUUUCGUCGGUUGCGAGAAAUGUUCAAGAUUGACAAGACGAUGUAUAUACACUCUAUCGGGCCCGAGCAGGUCGUGUCGAAUCUGCUGCUAGGGAGUCUUGCCUCUCUCUCUGAGCUUGUCUCAGAGGGAAAAAGUGGGGCCCUAUUCUACUACACAGCCGAUGGCAAAUUUAUUAUAAAAACGGUUUCCCGCGAAUCUGCCCGAGGCCUCCGUCGUUUGCUGCCAGAUUACUUGGAGCAUUUCGUGAAGAACCCCGAGAGUUUGCUUUCCAGAUUCUUGGGGCUACACGCAGUUAAACACACGUUUCCCCGCCAAGGCAGACUCAGUUCUGCAGCAAAUCGCAUGCGCCACAAGACCUACUUUUUAGUGAUGGAAAAUCUCUUUCACACGCCAGUACCCAUACAUCGGAGAUACGACCUCAAGGGAUCCACCUACAAGCGCUCCCUCGCACUAGAUAACCGCGCGGACCCAACGGCUGCUUUGAAGGAUAAUGACCUCGAACGAGAAGGCGAAAAGUUACUGCAGAUUGACAUCGGCCCAGAGCGCGCUGCUCGCCUAGUGGAUUUGUUGCGAAGGGACUCUAAGUUUUUAAUGUCCCACAGCCUUAUGGACUAUUCUCUACUUGUUGGCAUCUACUAUUCGCAUAAGGAAUCCCGUAAGGCAUUAAAUCCAGCUGUAGCUUUUCUACCCUCAUUCAUUACGUACCGUCGGUCAGUCGAUGCGAGACCUCAUCGAUUCCUGCCAAGCUCUUGUUCUCCAUUACCAUUUUGGCGUCGCGACCUUUGCGGUCUCGCAAGCCAUGACGGGCGAAAGUUGUUUUACUUCGGAAUAAUUGACUUCCUCACAAAGUGGGGUUCAUUUAAGCGGAGCGAACAUGCAGUCAAAGCCAUACAGACUUGCGAUGGUGCGGGAAUCUCGUGUGUCAACCCAAGCGUUUACGCCAGCCGUUUUGUAUCGUUUUUGGAGCAGCACAUAGUUUGA